ACAUUUUCAAUUUACAGACAAAGAAAGAGAUUGAGAGAAGAUCUUCAAAAACAAGAAAAAAUUCAUCAAUGGAAGGAAAUACAGGCACAGCAACAAUCUCAAUUGAGAGCUUCUCAUACAGAUGGUUAGUAAACUUAAAAUCAACACUUGAAAGUCUAGAUGAUGAUCAUCUGUCAUCAUCAGAUAUUGAAGCUGCAGCAUUUAUAGUAAUGGAUCCUAAAAAUACACCAUCAAAAAGAUUCUUAGUAGAUGAUUUCAAUUUUCCAACUACUCCAUCACCGAAUCAUUUCAACAACAACAACAACAAUUUCAGUCUUGUUCAUGCUGAAGAAUUGUUCUCUAAUGGAACUUUUCUUAUCCCAGCUGGCACUACUCUGUUUUCAACUAAAAAGAUUGAGAAAUCCAUUGAUAACGGAGUUAAUUCAAGCCCCAUGAAUUCAAAACCAUUGAAAAACAAUAUUGUGAUUUCCAUUCAUCAAAUUCAUUCAAUAUUUGCUAAGAAAUGUUGGAAAUCAUCCAAGAAGAUGUUUAGAAAAUGUCUUAUUGGGUUAUUCAGUAAUCAUAACGAUAAGACUACUGUUUAUUCAUCAUCUUCAUCACCAUCAUCAUCACCACCAAAAUCAGUCAAAUCAUUGGCUAGUUCAAGAUCAUUAUUAGUUGAUAGAAGAAGAAGAAAUUCACAAAAGCUUAAUAGGUCUAUGUCUUCACCAUCAUCAUUAACAACCAAUACUACUACUAUUGCACCUGAAGGAUCGAUUUAUGAAGCUGUUCUUCAUUGCAAGAAAUCUAUUGAAAAGUGAGCAAAACUAUAUGGUCCUCUUUGCACAAAAAAAAGAAGCAAAGUUGCUUCACGGAUAACCGAAUUUCACAAUGGGUUACUAAAUUCUAUAUGGUUGAAGAUCCGUCUUUGCUUGGUACUAGCAACCUUUGGUGGAAUUUGGUAAAGAAGGAGCUUAAGAAAUGAAGACUAUUUAUAUUAGGUGUUUAGGGUUCAUCAUAUACACAGAAUGACGUAGAAGAGCAAAGAGAGAGAGGUCUUAGAGAAGAUCCUCCUUAUUCAUCAUUUUUGCUUAUUUCCUCUGUUGUGAACAGAUUGUAUUUAUUUUGUCCUUUUGAGGUUAUUAAGAUGGAAAGAGUUAUUAAAGCAUUGUAAAUAGUUGAUAGAUAUAUUAUCAUUACGAAAACUAAAUAAAUCAUUGUGCGGAUAAAUUUCGAAUUCAAAUCAAGAAUCAAUAUUGAAUAAACUUGACCAGUUUACUAGUUCA